AGCUCCAGUAUUACUUCAGUUCAAAUUUCUACUCGAUACUGGUCGGAUACCUUUUUCGACUUGCUGUGUACAAAAAUAUAUUUGUAUUUUAUACUUGUUUUUUUUUUUUUUAAACUGAAAGAAAUCAUCAACUAGUUUCGUCGCGAUUUGUGCCAAGUUUUUCGUGCGGCUUACUAAUUUCCAGUGAUUUAAUUUAUGGAUCCCAAACGUGGUAAUGCCUCCGGGGCACGCCAAGGCGGUGGUGGCUAUCAUGCCUCCAAGACGAGCGUGGCUUCACGCCAUGGAGGCGGUGGUGGAGGCGCAGCCGUGGGUCACAAGCAGCCUAGUCAGGUCAGUCUGACGCCCAGCCAGGCCAGGAAUCCGGAAAAUCCUCGCAAGAGUCCAUUGGAUGCUUUAAGUCGAAGCGGCAUUGUACGCAACCAAAAUCCCUUCCAGCGUCGUUCUGGCUUGCAGGAUGUGGACGAUGCAUUCCUCGCUUCGAAUGCCUUUGCCCGGCCGCCCAGGGUUCGUCACUCGGGCCUGGAUAAAGAAAACAUGGCGCAGGCAACUGCCGGAGGAGCAUCUGCAGGGCAGCCAGGUUCGGCAGCGAUAGCUCCCAUUCUUAACCAGCAGCAGCAGUAUCAGCAGAUGCCUCCACCGGAUGCUGUGCAACAGCAGCAAAUGGCUUCGCCCGGGGUUGUACCAUCGCAGCAAUAUAUGCAACCGGCUGGACAGCCAACGCGUUUGGAGCCAGCACCCUCGGGACGAGCUCAUGUCCAUCAGCAGCAGAUGCCACAACAGCAGAUGCAACAGCAGCAGAUGCAGCAACAGCAGAUGCAGCAUCAGCACCAAAUGCCACAACAAGGGGGCUACGAUCAGCAGCAGCAGCAAGUAGCCCAACCAGAUGCUCAAAUGCAGAACAAAUAUGCCACGCAGCAGCAGCAUCAGUUGCAACCGCAACAUCAAAUGCCCCAGCAUGGAUAUCCCACGCAGCCACCAGCAACCGGUGCUCCGCAAGCAGCUCCACCAGCAGCCGGAGGAGUAGCAGCAGCUCCAGGUGGAGCAGCCGGUGGCAAUGUGCCAAGAGAAAACGGUGGUGGAGCAGCACCACCGGAUGCCGAGAUGUGCACCACUUGCCCCAACUGCCAGACCACCAUAUAUCUAGUGCGAACCGCAGAGCUUGGACACGGAGAUGCCGGCAUGCCUGUUCAGUAAAAUAUAAAAUCAAGACCGAGUGAAAUGCACCAAAUUUCGAGUGCAUUACUCUUCCAUGUUUAGUUUUAACGUAGCGACGUCAAUGUUCAAAUGUUUUUAAGACCUGGUUAAAACCUACUAAUCUCCACACAAUCGUCUUGUGGCCAAAUCUCUAAAUUGUAUCAAAAUAAUGAAAAUCGAAAGUAA